CGAGGAAAACAAUGAAGAAAAAUUAAAAGAUGAAAAAGGAAAGGGAAAAAUAGGGGAAGUUCAAUGGCGCCGAAAAAAUCAACAACUUAUUGAAAGUGAGGUUAAAAAGCCAGAACAUACUGAAUCGAAGCUUCAACCAAGUAGAAGUUCUCGAAGAAACGCGCGUAGGAGAACUCUGGAAGGGCAUCUUAUAAGAAUAGCAAGAGGGGUUGGAAGAAUCAGUUGCGUCAAACUCUCCAAAGGAGCCUACUAAAGGACCCCUUCCAAACACUUUUAAAGGAACUAGAAAUUUACGAGGGAAUUAUAAUCAUCCAAAACCUCUAAUUAUUACUCGACCUAAUCAGCAUCAACAAAAUCGUCCAAAACCUCUAUUCACUAACCGACCUAAGCAAGGACAUCAACGCCAACAAAAUUCUUUUAAAAGACAAAACUCAAUUUUAAACAGCUCUCAAACUCCCUUAAACUAUCAGUUGUAAGAUUUUUCUUCAAGUUUUAAAGUUGGGUAGUAAUAGAAUUAAUGAACCUGGUCUGAGAGGUCCUGAUCGACUAAAAAAUCUUGAGAGGUCCCAAUCAACUGAGAUCUGAGAGGUCUGGUCUGAGAGGUGGUUCUUCCCUAAAGCCAAAAGUUCCUCCCUUGGUUCCUCCCGAAGAUUUUCUUUCGGUCUUUAGAGGGCGUUAUAAAUGUACCAACCUUUCGACUAUAAUCAUUGGAUCCGUCAGUGACCCUUGGUUUAGAUUUUCGGACUGCUUAUCUUGUCUUAACAGAGACCAGGAUCUUGAUCGGACAUAGGGUUUUUUCUGCCUUAUUUGUUAGGGUGGUCCUUGUUUUUCCUUCUCGAAAAUUUUAUAUCACUCAAGGUAGAAUAGUCAUAUGUAUUUAAGUACCUUUAUUAACAGCGUGAGUCCGAUGACAUCUCCAUCUAAUAUGCCUUCAACUCCAAUUAAUCCUCAAGUUCAACAUUACAUGCUACAACAAUAUCCCCAUCAAGAACCUCCUUAUUCUCCACAUAUGGUUCCUCCAAUGCCAGUUUAUUCGGAAGUCCACCAUCAUAUAUUACCACAAUAUACUCAUCCUUCUUAUCCUCACCCACAACAACUUCCGCAUCCACAAUAUCCUCCUCAUCAACACCCUCCUCAACUAACAGUCAUCAAUCAUCAUUACCAUAUUCACCCACAACCAGUUAUUCAAGUCCCAGGACAAAUGCCUAAUAUGCCUGUCCAACAACAACAACCAUUUCACUACCCUUUACAUGGUCAUAGUCAGAUAAUGCCAACACCUUUAUUAUAUCCAGUAUCUGAUCCUAAUGUAGACUUAAGUCUGACAAUACCAAAAGAGCGAUUAAUUCUUACUCAAGAUGAAACUUCUCAACCUCCCAAUUUGUCACACCGCCCUGGUAAAUUUCAAUUAAAUAAUAUAAAGUAA